AUGGCUGGUCUAGCCCUAGCUAUAUGGUGGGCUUGGCUACCAGUGGCCGGCCUGAUCUUGCUCUGCGCUGCCGGUGUGUUCGUCAUACAGCAAAGAUUCAGGUCCGGCUUGAGGUGUAUCCCUGGGCCGUUUGUUGCCUCCUUCACUGAUCUCUGGCGUUUGCUGGCCGUAUACAAUGGCAGAUUCGAGCUGGUUUCUCAAGCCCUGCAUGAUAAGUAUGGUGACCUUGUGCGGGUAGGGCCAAACUGUGUCAGUGUGGGAGAUUCGAGGGAGAUCAGGCAGAUCUACGAAAGGGCUCAACAGUCAGGGUAUUACCGAGUAGCCCAGCCUGUGGUCAAUGGCAGACCAGUCGCCUCACUCUUCAUGAUCACCGACGAGGACCAACACAAGACAGCAAAGCGACCGAUUGCUCAUGCAUACGCCAUGACGAGCUUGCUGGAUUAUGAGCCGUUUGUGGACAGCACUUCGAGAACAUUAGUUGAACAAUUGGCAACCCAGUUUGCCGAUACUGGAAAGCUUUGCGACUUUGGUGAAUGGCUCCAGUGGUACGCAUUCGAUGUCAUCGGCGAAAUGACAUUCAGCAACAGAUUCGGCUUCCUUGAACAAUCCUGCGACGUCGGCAAUAUCAUCAAGACACUGAACAAGUCUGGAGCUUACACAGCGAUCGUUGGGCAAAUGCCCUGGCUAGAUUCCCUGCUGGCGAAAAACCGGUUGUGGGGAUCAGCCUUCUCAAAGGACAAGCUGGGAGUGUCAAGGUUUGUCUUGAAGUUCUUGACGCCUCGGAUUGACGAGGCAGAUCGGGUACGACUUGGUGUAGACGGAGGGAAGUCCCCGCUUGACUUCAAGGACCGGACCGACUUCACGGCCAAGUUCAUCUCGGCCUUUGACAAAUACCAUGGUUCGAUCCCGCAAUCACAAUUGCUGGGCUGGUCACUCAGCAACAUCAACGCAGGAUCAGACACGAGUGCAAUCACUCUACGAGCAAUCUUUCAUUUUCUGCUCCUCAAUCCCUCUGCGAUGGUGAGGCUGAUGACUGAACUCGAUUCGGUCUACUUGUCGCCCCUUCCGCAAUGGCGGGAGACAAGUAGUCUGCCAUAUCUAGGUGCCGUUAUCAAAGAAGCACUACGUCUCCACACGCCGGUCGGCCUCAUUCUGGAGCGAAUAGUCCCCGAAGGCGGAGUCACUCUCUGCGGCCACUUCUUCCCCGAAGGCACCAUUGUCGGGUGCAAUCCAGCUGUCAUCCACAGGGACAAGCGGGUCUACGGCCGUCGGUACUCAGUAGACGAGUAUCGUCCUGAGCGCUGGCUGGAGGCCGACGAGGAGGAAAAGGGUGAGAUGGAGAGAUGUUUCAUGGCCUUUGGGAGCGGCAAGAGGACCUGCAUCGGGAAGAACAUCAGUUUGCUGGAAGUGCACAAGUUGGUGCCGCUUCUUUUGAAGCGCUUCAAGUUCCGACUCGUGGAUCCCGAGAAGAAAUUGACUAUCUGGAACACGUUCUUCGUCCAUCAGAAAGGUCUGGAGGUUUACAUUGAGACUGCCUGA